UACUCAUUUAUACUAAUCAAAAUAUAGCUACCGGGACAAGAGUAAUUUGUUAAAACAUAAGUUCGGUCUUGUAUACCUUAUAUGUCUCGGGUUUAGCAGAGCGAACAUUUAACUGGUUUGGGCAUUGACCACAGCGUGAAAGUAUAAGUAUACGAGUCGAUACGUGGAAAAACACAGCUUCUUUGACCCACACCGCCGAUUUGGCAACACGAGAACACACCAUCUGUAGGAACAGUCCGUCGCCACUCUCAACACUAUGGAGUACUCAUAUCUGGGACAAAACAGUUUCGACACCAAUUGCGGUAUACCCGGAAUGGAAAAUCCUCUUGCCAGCUGUAAUAUACCAUGUACAUACGGAGAUACCAACCCCUUUGGCCAAAUGGCUGCCCAGGGGUACCGAUACAAUGGGGUGCGAACCUUCCCCCCAAAUCCUGCUAUUACCUCCGCUAGUUGUAGCAUGGUACCUCGCCCCCGAGACCACUCUCAGCCUCCGGUUUUCCCGACUGUGUACCGAAGAAUGCAUGAAAACCAGCAUAGAGAGACAUACAACGGGUUGUCUUAUAAGAUGUACCAGCAUGGCCACCAUGAAAAUGGUUUAAGUCCUGAAAAACGGAAGCAACGACGGAUACGGACGACAUUCACCAGCGCACAACUCAAAGAGCUGGAAAGAGCAUUCGCAGAGACACACUACCCCGAUAUUUAUACCCGUGAGGAGAUAGCAAUGAAAACAGACUUAACCGAAGCAAGAGUUCAGGUAUGGUUCCAAAACCGAAGAGCCAAGUUCCGAAAGGUAGAAAGGGCAAAGCAGCAACAACAGCAGCAACAACAGCCGACUACUGUUAAACAGGAGCCGGGUAACACAAGCAACAACAACAACAAUUCCAGCACAACAAACAACAACAACACCUCUUCCAACAGCUCCAAAGACAAGCAGAAACAAUCCGAGGAGAGCUCAAACAAAAGUCAAAACGAGACCUCAAAAUGGACGAGCGGAAUCACAGUAGGGAAAGGGACAUCAGGAAUGGCAAGCAAUCCGUCUCUUCCGGGACCUUACUCAAGCGUGCUGACUAAUCGCAGCGCUGAUUACCAAACCUCGCCAUCGUUAGACAAAAGUGUGUCAUUGGCUGGUGGUAUAUUCUGAGUGAAUGGGGUACAUUGACUGGUAUCAUGGAAGGGCAUCAUGAGGCUCACUGGUGAAAGUUUAAAAAUCAAAUGCAUUCUAUUGUCUAGAACCAGAAUGCUGAUUUCCUGGAUAUUUAUAAAAGUGAGGGAACAUGAAGGAACUUUACCCUUCCCCGAGGGAACACUAACACUUUAAAUAGUGACACGUGUCCCAAUAAUGUGUCCCUGGUUUGGACGUCCCGGGCUAUAGUCCCACUGUCACAUUAUUGUGGUGUUGUCAUGAAACAUUUUCUUUAAUUUAAAAAGUGUUUGUUUGAUCCAUGUGUGCGGCCAUUAAGGUAUAAACUAUAAGAUGAAAGGCGACAUUUCAUAAUCCUAAUUCAUUAAGAAGUUCAUAAUUUCACUGACGUCUAUUCUUAGAGUUAAUGAGUAGACGUUUUGGUAUGUUUGUGUGAAUAUUUCAAAUACAUUCCCUUCAAUGACAGAGUCGUUUUCGGUAUCGUACAAUAUCUCAACCCUGAAUGUGUUGAGAAUUCAAACACUGUCCUGAUUAUUUCAUAAGGUAUGUUUUCAUUUUUUAUAUGAAUUUCAAACAACUGACAUGUUACUUCACCAGCGUUCUACCUAUAUGCACUGUAUGCUAUUUUGAUUUAAUAUCAACUUUAUUUCAUUCCAAUAUGUACAUUACAAUUGUUUACAACAGUACGGACAAUAUAUACAAGAAUAGGACCCGGAAACAAGUGUUAAUCCAUUUCCUAUUUCCGUUUGAUUUACAAACCAUUUUAUUAAACUAUAUUUUCGUUUCGCCAUUCCAAGGGUUCUACAAGGAGAUAAUUAUGAUACAAUGAUGUAUAAAAUGAAUCACAUUGGGGAUUUAAAUCAGGACCAUUUGUUAAAUGAACCUAGGAUGGUUACAACACUUAACGUGAGCUACAUGAUAUCACAUUUGUGUUUCUGUCAAUCGUAUGUCCUAUGUACAUUUCUUAAUAUUUUGAUUAUUACACCGCUUGUCUUGAAAUCAUAUCCAUUAUCUACAGAUCAUAUUGUCAUUCCGUGGCAUUGUCUUCCUAGUCACUAAAACUGGAUAUAAUAAAGUAACAAAUGUAACAUUGUCACACACACUAGCUCAAUUAACUACUACAAGUACUACAAAAAUGUAACAUUGUCAUACACACUAGCUCAAGUAACUACUACAAAAAUGUAACAUUGUCAUACACACUAGCUCAAGUAACUACCACAAAAAUGUAACAUUGUCAUACACACUAGCUCAAGUAACUACUACAAAAAUGUAACAUUGUCAUACACAAUAUGUAACAUUGUCAUACACACUAGCUCAAGUAACUACUACAAAAAUGUAACAUUGGCAUACACACUAACUCAAGUAACUACUACAAAAAUGUAACAUUGUCAUACAAAAUAUGUAACAUUGUCAUACAUAAUAUGUAACAUUGUCAUAUACAAUAAUAUAAUAUAACAUUGUCAUACACAAUAUGUAACAUUGUCAUACACACACUGGCUGAAUUAACAAAAACAAAUAUGCUAUCUUGUAAAACUCAUACUAACUAAUUAUAAAGAAAUGAUAAAGAAAAAAACAUAUGUAUGUAAUCAUGUCAUACACUAACGAAAGUAAACACAACCACUGUAUUUUUUUCAUAACGCUAUCUUUUAAAGUCACAAAUAUUGAACAUUGCUAUGGACAAUAACAAAAGAUUUGAAAGAAAACCAGUAAAUAAAGGAAUGAAUUAAAAAAAGAAAAUGAAAUAAAACGAAUAAAAAAAAAAUUAAAAUAAAAAAAAUAUGCAAAUAAGUAAUUGAAAAAAAAACUAAAAUCAUUGUCUUUGACAAUAGCUAAGUCAAUUUCCAUGCAUGAACAAUUAUAGCAUGUCACUUAUUCAGUAUUAGAACAGGAUUAUGGCUGCAUUCACCGGUAUUUGAUAUUUGUAUGAACUAUAUGUAGAUAUGAUUGUUUUUAUUAUAUUUUGUGAAUCAUUAAGUUGUUUAUACGUAUACAAUUUAAAGUGUAAUUUUUAUUUUAUAUUCUUGUUAAAUAAUGUUUUCAAUAUUCUUUAAUUAAAAAGUAUAGUUUACAUCAUGAGCAGUAUUAUUUAACCAAUGACUACAGUUUGUUUAUUGACGUCUACAUUGUAUUGUGCCAAGGACAAGAGAUUAUUUAUCAAAGAAUACGACAUCAUUGAACAUUUUGUAUUUAGCAGUAUUACAACUGUACAGUAUUAUAUUUGAAACCUCGUUGAUUUAUAUGUCUUGUCAUUUCGUCCUGCGUUCAUUUUUAUAUGAAUACGUCUUCCCUUAACAGUAUUAACAUGAUGGAGUGUUACCCAAAACAACUAUGACCAACUAAGUUGCAUCUUGGGAAGUUGAACCUCGUGGUUAAUGAGGUGAUCCGAGCUGUUUACGCUGAUAUCGUAUGUCAAUUUACGGAACUAUUGUUUACUGUUUACUAUAGGCACUAUUGUUUACUAUAGGCACUAUUGUUAACUAGGAACUAUCGUUUACUAUAGGAACUAUUGUUUACUUUAGGAACUAUUGUUUACUGUUUACUAGGAACUAUUGUUUACUAUAGGCACUAUUGUUUACUAGGAACUAUUGUUUACUAUAGGAACUAUUGUUUCAUAUUAUUCCGUGUGUCCUUUGUUCGAUCCUUUCAAUUAUUCAGACACCGGGAAUAUUGCUCGUUUACAAAGAUGACCAUUUGAAUAAAAUGCUUCUUUUCCAACUAAUAAUGGAGUGACGGAAAUAUCACACCUAUCUAUGUUAUAUAAUACAUAAUCAUAAUGUAAUAAAAGCUAUAAAAAAAUUGUCAUCAGUUAGGACUCCAAAUACCUCUAUCUUAAUUAUUGAUUAAAGUGGCACACACAAUUACCCCUGUCAUGCAUCCCCCAUUAGAAGUUCUCCCUAGGUUGUCAUUUCAGUAACAAAUGUUUAAUUAUUUCACAUUCCACGGUGCUAAAUAUUGUGUAUUUCUUUAUAUGAGGGAUUUUAAGUUAGCAUAGCAACAGUAGAAAAUAUAAUUCCCUCUUCACGACUGUUCAUUUGAAAUAAUUCAUGAAGACGGUUUUGGAUAUUCCAAAUAUUUGAAUGGAUAACAUAGCGUCUGAACAAACUUCUGAUUUGGUUCGUGCUAUCAUCAUUGUUCCUGAUCAUUUCCACAAGAGAACUAAUUUCGGUUUAUGAAUAUUUGAUAUUUCAUUUCAGAAGGGAUAGAUUUUGUGUUGAAAUGUCUUAUAGGUGGACUAAUUGCCGGGGGAAAUUUAAUCCUAAUAUCAAAAGAGUUGUUCAAAUCGCACAGUUAGUUAAUUGGUUUUGCAAUCUCUAAGUUGAACAUUAGACAAAUGUAUACAUGUCUAUCCCACGUCCAUUUAUGUACAUUUAGAUUGUCUUUGUAGUACGAUUAAUAGUCAAAACUGAUUUUAUCCUGAUUUGACUUUGACGUAAUGGUUAUCAGUCAUGUUUUGUUACCUUAACAUCUUCGACAGAAUACACUAGACAGGAAAGGAGGACAAUUUCAACCCCGUUAUCUGCUGAAGCUCCUGAAAACAAAUACAAAAAUAAACUGUACAUAUGUCUCUUGAGUCGGUCGACGUUUUGUCAAUACUUCCCAAACUUGUCAGAUGGAAAGGUCAUGUAUAUGUAUAUAUUUAUAGAUCUACAUCUUAGUCUGCAAAACAUCCUAACAGUUAAAAUACUUGUCUGUAAAUUCUUGUCUCAGUUGAAGUUAAAUUUCUUUGCGCGACAGGUACACAAAUUUGCUGCUGUGGAAAUAUAUGUCCUCGUCUAAAGACUGCACCAUUUAAUUCUUCUUACACCCGCUCGACAUUUCAAAUGUUUCCGUGGUUGUUUGAAGGUGUUAAAGAGCUCCCGCUGUUGACUUCUUUGCCGAAGAUGAACGAGUUUGGAACAGGUAGGUCUGGUCGGGAUGUAUACCAACUGUGACCUGUUAUACGUGGAACAUCCAUUUUAUUUCGUCUGGUUGUUCCAGAAUUACUGCCAUUUUUGAGUGUCUAGAAAAUUGGUCCCUGUGUCAUUUAGCACAUUCUACAAUUUAGUGAGGUUCAAAGGGUUAAGACGAUAGAUCUAAUUGUUAAAAUUGCUCUAUACGUUUUUUGAUGGUUUGAUCAGCGAUCUUGGAUUCAAUUUGUUAACUUGAAUCAUAUUAUAAAUAUUGGUAUAAUUUGUCUGUGGAAAAAUAUUCAGUUUUUAUAUAUGAUUUAACAUGAAAAUAAUUGUCUAUCUAAGAUAAGAUUUUAACGAUACUAGUUUUAUGAAGAUUUAUACGAUAAAGAUUAACGUGCAAGUGUGGAUUGGUUUUAUCUGAUUAUAUGAAUGUAUCCAUUGCUGUAUAGUUCAAUCAAUCUAUUUGUCUAUGUCCUAAAAGCGUCGGUGUUGCAUUGUUUCAUACACCAGUGUGUAGUGUCCAACAAGUUAUAUAUAAACAAACCAGUGGACAGUUACCGUAAUACAUUAGAUUCAAUUUGGAAAAGCGUGAAAAUGGAUUAUAUGUUUCACUUCAUUGAUGACAGCACAAUGUCAGUUAUCAUUAAUUACAUGAGAGUUGUACCAUAUUCCCCAAAACUGAUUUCAUAAGUGUAAAAAUUAUGUUGUAUAAAAUAUUGAUGAAAUAUGAUGUUAUAUGUCAUAAAUGAAUAAAUGUUGGUAAAAGCCGA